UGGCGAGUCAUCUCCCUCGCAGGCCGCUCUCGGUCCCUCAGCGCAGAUCUUCUGCUCCUUCCCCACUCGCGCUCAGGCUCCGUCCCAAGGAUCGGAUCUUCCGCGCGUCGGCGGCUCCCCCUCGGCGGCGCAGCGACGGAGGGGCAGUUCCAGGCCUGGCGGCGGCGUCGGCGGCUACCCCACCUUCUCUCGCCAGUCGCCUCGCGCCCUCGCCUGCGUCCUCCGCGCACCGGCCGACGACUCUGCGAAUCCUAUUAAGUUUACUGCUGCUACCAAUUUAAGGGCAGAACUCUGCUGGUCUUCAAGCUCUUGGUUACUCCUGAUCUUCUGUGGCACAAUUGUCCUCUGGCAAAAUGCCAUCGGUUUAUCUUUACAUCCCUAACAUUAUUGGGUAUUUUAGGAUCAUCAUAAAUUUCAUUGCAUUUGCGGUUUGCUAUUCCAACAAGGCUCUCUUUGCUCUCCUAUACUUCUUCAGCUUUGUCCUUGAUGGUGUGGAUGGUUGGUUCGCACGGAAGUUCAAUCAAGCAUCAACAUUUGGAGCUGUGUUGGACAUGGUUACAGAUAGGGUUAGCACUGCUUGUUUGUUGGCCCUUCUCUCCCAGUUUUACAGACCUGGUUUAGUCUUCUUGAUAUUGCUUGGGUUGGAUAUUACGAGCCACUGGUUUCAAAUGUACAGUUCUUUCUUGUCAGGUAAGACUAGCCACAAGGAUGUAAAACACACAGGCAAUUGGCUUCUGAAAUUAUAUUAUGGAUACAGGCCAUUCAUGGCCUUCUGCUGUGUUUCUUGCGAGGUUUUAUAUAUUAUCCUCUUUCUCUUUGCUGAUGAGAAGUCAACAAGCUUGCUUAGUGUAUGCAAAGGUGUCCUGAACCAAAAUCCUGUUGUUGUCUUGGUGUUUAUUUCCACUCUAGUUGGCUGGGCAGUGAAACAAGUCACCAACGUCAUCCAGAUGAAAACUGCUGCGGAUGCAUGUGUUGUGUAUGAUCUGAAGCGCAGCAAAUGAAGCUUCAAAGCAUGAAGGCACCCACAUUUACAGUUUAAUUCAGUUUUGUAUCUACACACCCAAAGGGAAAACUCCGCGAGGCUUGUCCACCAGGAACUACGUCUUACUGUGCCUUGACAUCUUUCUGGUGAUGCUAUAAGUGGGACCUGAGGAUGACAUGCCGUGGGAAGAACAUAUCAUAAAUCAUAAAGAAAACCAAAGCAGACGGUUGUUUUUGUGAAAGCAGCGGCAGUUAAGUUGUUGUUGUCAGUGUGUAACUGUGUAUUAAUCUUUCAUACAGCGAUGAUGCGAUCGUGAUCUUUGUUAUCUAGAGUAGCCCUUUGUGUUAACCUGAACGACCAUGUUCCAAACUCCAGGAAUAUAUGAAGGUUUUGAAUAGCAAAAAUUACAUAUUCCCUCCCUGAA